GAAGAAAUGCAACAACAUAAGAUGAGAUAUUAUGAACUGUACAGGAAGUCAACAAUUGGUGAAGCACUGACAGAUACACUAGAUGAUAUGGCCAACAACAACUAUAUCAGUCAACAAUUAUAUGAUAAAGUUGUUCUACAGUUUGAUAAAUCAAUCAACGAGGCACUGGCCAACACAGUUAGGAACAAAGCAACGUUCAAGGGUGACUUACACACAUAUAGGUUCUGCGAUAGCGUUUGGACAUUCAUUCUGGAGAAUGCAGAGUUUAAGACUGAUAAUGAAGUGAUCAAGGUGGACAAUGUCAAGAUCGUAGCUUGUGAUGCAAACCUCUCAAAUGAGAAGGAGAAG